CCGAGAAAAGGCUGCGCAUGCGCGACCAGACGUGGCAACGCAGCGGCAUCAUGGCCUCACGGAACCGCUUCGGGAGUCUGAGGAGUCCGGGGAAAAUGCUCGGCUUGCUGCUCCUGGUGUUUCUCACAUCGGUGCUGGAUGCAGUCAAGGUGUCUCCCCUCAUAGAGAAGGUCAGCGACCACAAAGACUUGAAGAAACUUCUCAGGACUCGAACCAACGUUCUGGUGCUCUACACCAAGACAGCUACAUCCAGCGACGCUUACUUGAAGCUGCUGUCUGACGUGGCCCAGACGGUCAAGGGUCAAGCUACCGUCGCCUGGGUCAACUGUGGAGACUCGGAGGGCCGUAAGCUGUGCAAGAAAGUCAAAGCUGACCCUGGCUCCAAAAGCGCCUCUGCUGAGCUGCUGCAUUAUAAAGAUGGAACUUUCCACACGCAAUACGACAGGCCCAUCACCUUCAAGUCCAUGGUGGCUUUCCUAAAGGACCCCUCGGGGCCGCCGCUAUGGGAGGAAAACCCGGAAGCCAAAGACAUCGUCCACGUAGAAACAGAAAAAGACUUUCGGAAGCUUCUGAAGAAAGAGGACAGGCCGCUCCUCAUCAUGUUCUACGCACCUUGGUGUGGCGUGUGUAAGAGGAUGCAACCCAUCUUUCAGCAAGCCGCCACCGAGACAAAGGGCCGUUACGUUCUGGCUGGUAUGAACGUGCACCCGUCCGAAUUUGAUGGCCUGAAACAGGAAUACAGCAUCAAAGGCUACCCGACCUUCUGCUACUUUGAGAAAGGCAAGUUCCUCUACCACUACGAGAACUACGGCGCCACAGCCAAGGACAUCGCAGAAUGGAUGAAGAACCCUCAGCCAGCACUGCCAAAGACUCCUGAGGUGUCCUGGCAUGAGACCGAUUCGUCCGUCUUCCACCUGACGGAUGAAUCCUUCCAUGGCUUUAUGGAGGAACAUCCUGCUGUCAUGGUCAUGUUUUACGCCCCCUGGUGUGGCCACUGCAAAAAGAUUAAACCAGAUUAUGAAGAAGCGGCCCAAAUACUCAACAAAGAUCCAACAGGUCCAGGCGUUUUGGCGGCGGUGGACGCCACCAUCCACAAGGCUGUGGGGGAUCGCUUUAAAAUUUCCGGCUUUCCCACCCUGAAGUACUUUGAGAAAGGACAGGAGAUGUACACGCUGCCGCACAUACGCAGCAAAGACAAGAUCAUCGACUUUAUGCACAACCCACAGGCCCCACCACCACCGGAACAGUCCUGGGAGGACAAGCCCUCUAGCGUCCUCCAUCUUGGCUCGGAGGACUUCCGAGAGGCCCUGAAGAAGAAGAAACACAGUCUGGUCAUGUUCUACGCACCAUGGUGUCCGCACUGUAAAAACGCCGUCCCUCACUUCACCGCCGCCGCCGAACUCUUCAAAGAAGACCGCAAGAUCGCAUACGCGGCGGUGGACUGCACCAAGGGUUCAAACCACGAGCUGUGCAAGCAGGAGGGAGUGGAGGGCUACCCAACCUUCAACCACUACAACUACGCCAAAUUUGUGGACAAGUACCACGGAGAUCGCGGGGAAGCGGGCUUCAUCGGCUUCAUGCGCAGCCUGCGAGGCCGCGAUCAGGAAAAAGUCCUGAAAAAGAGAGAGGAGCUCUGAUGAGCCUCCAAGGGCCCCAUGGACGCCACAACCCCCCCUUCAAGGGGCCCCCCAUCAGCACUGGAGACACAGGAGACAAAAAUGACCUCACAUAUUUUGAAUACCACGCUGAUCACUUUUUUUUUUUUCUUUUUGGGGAAGGACAGACUAAACUCGCCUGGACACUGUGACUGAUUAUGUGUGACAAGCUACAUGCUAAUCUAUGCAAUCCCCAUGAUGGCGGUCCGGGUGUCUCGGCAGACAUCCCCUGCAAAACCGUCCACCACCUUGUCUCUGGCUGCUCCAUCAACAUGCUACGCCACGGUUAGCGUAGAAGCGUGGCGUGACAUCAAUCCAGGCCAAAGGGUGAGUUUUUCCUCUUCAUAUGUUGGCCUUAAAAGACAGCAGAGGCCCGGUGCCUUUUGCUCGCUUUUCUUCUGCAGCAAAGCCAAAUAUGGGCGUCACGCGAUACUAUUUUUAGUUUUUUAUACAUUUUUUGUCCACUCAGUUCCAAGUAUUGGAUAAUCAAAUAUCUGUUUUUCUUUUCCUUUCAAAUGGCAGCAACUUGUUGGUAAAAGAAAAUGUGGCAGUGUGACAAAGAAUUGAGACUGUCACCCUCCAUAUUUCGAUAUUUUGUGUACUCAUUUAAUUUCAGUUUUUCAAAUUUUUCAAGUGACAUUUAUAGGGGCGGGGACUAAUGAUGGUAUCUGGUGAUUUUGCAAAUAAACAGAAAACACGCGACAAAAAAAUGGGGUUGUCGGAUGCGGCAAGAAAUGUUUCUGAAUUUUCAAGAUAAAGAGGGGUGACAAAGAAAUGAGACUGGGUCUUCCUCCAUAUUUUGCAAUUUGCAAAUGUUCUGAGCUGUUUUGUAGCACAACUUUUCGUGUUCAAAUCAUUUCAGUUCUGGCGUGGUAAAUUUAAGGUUCUCAGGGAUCGCAAUUAAAGGGAGCAGCGCGCUUGUCGUUUUUCUUAGUUUUUGUUUGCCAAAUAACAACAAAGGAAGAAAUAAUACGGCUCGUCCAAUGUGGUUUUGUUACUGGAUCAUUCCAAGCAGGAACGUGUGGUGAGAUCAUUUCAGUUUGUUGGGAGAAUAGGAAAGAAAGAGUGUCCCUCUUAUCCCAAAGUGUGUGUCUGUGUGCGUAUAACUCUUAUGCCAAGAAGUCAUUGUUGCCUUUGUUCAAUCAGCUGUACACUAUCACCCCCUACUGUGCAAAUACUAAUAAAUAAAACCAUACUUUUUCCUAAA